UUUUUUUUCUUCUUUAAGAUAAUAAUAUAUAGAAAACCUGUCUACUAAAAACCACUACACUAGCGGAUAAGCUUAACAUGCCUAUUUACUUAGUUUACGUGGAUUUAAAAGUAUACUGUCACGAGUGCAUGAGACUUACCGAGCUAUAGUCUAUAUGAAGAGAUAUAACUAAGAAAAUGUCAAAGAGACUAUGUUGUAUCGGAGAAGGAUUGAAGAAAGGAGCAUGGACUAUAGAAGAGGAUAAGAAACUCAUCUCUUAUAUCCACGACCACGGUGAAGGAGGCUGGCGUGACAUUCCAGAAAAAGCUGGGCUGAAACGGUGUGGAAAGAGUUGUAGAUUAAGGUGGACUAACUAUUUGAAACCAGAUAUCAAGAGAGGAGAGUUUAGCUAUGAGGAAGAGCAGAUUAUCAUCAUGCUUCAUGCCUCUCGUGGCAAUAAGUGGUCCACCAUAGCAAGACAUUUGCCAAAAAGAACGGAUAACGAGGUCAAGAACUAUUGGAACACACAUCUCAAGAAACGUUUGAUCGAUAAUGGCAUUGAUCCCGUGACACACAAGCCACUAGAUUCUUCUAACCCUGGUUCGGCCGUGCCCAAAAAGUUUGAUUGCCAAGAUAAAUCCAUUCCGGAUGAGCACUCGGUACAAUGGAGUUCUACCACUCCAGCAUCUCUUCCCCUUUCUUCGACUUUUAACAGUGUUAAACCCAAAAUUAGCAGUGGUGAGACGCAGAUAGAAAGUGGUUUCUUGAGGUGCAAGAAACGUUUUGAACGAUCGAGUUCUACAUCAAGGCUCUUAAACAAAGUUGCAGCUAGAGCUUCUUCCAUCGGAAACAUCUUAUCAACCUCCAUAGAAGGAACCUUGAGUUCUCCUGCGUCGUCUUCAUGUCUCCCAGACUCAUUCUCUCAAUCAUCUGAACACAUGAUCGAUAACAAGGAAGAUCUCAGUACGAGCAUUGAUAUCAACAUCCCCGAGUAUGAUUUUCCACAGUUUCUUGAGCAAUUCAUUAACGAUGACGACGAAGCCGAGAACACUGGUGGGUCCAACCAAGAUCUCCUUAUGUCCGAUGUCCCAUCAACAUUCGUUGAUGAAGACGAUAUAAUUGGAGACAUAACCAGUUGGUCAACUUAUCUUCUUGACCAUCCCAAUUUUAUGUAUAAAUCGGAUCAAGAUUCCGAGGAGAAGAACUUCUUAUGAUUUGUCUAUGGCUUGUCAAUUUCCCAAUGUUGAUAUGCCCAAGAUUAUGAUUAGGGUUUUCUCUUAGAUAUAUAUCAAGUUGUUAAACUGUGCUAGGUAUCAUUCAGUAAGGGCUUCUUUGAAUUGGAUAACCAGAUCAUCCCGUGGAUCGAUUAGUAUUUGAUUUUCGCGAGAGUUUAUAUUUUUGUAACUCUUUUGUAAAAUAAAUUUAAAUAAAAUAAGCUUUAUCUAUAUAGUCUUUUUAUGGAUA